AUGGCAACCAAAGCCCCCGUCCCCAAGCAUCCUUACCCAGACAAACCGCCCAUCUACAAGAAGGCGACCAAAAUCGAUGCGGGCAUCCACGCAGAGAACCUCAGCAAUGUGUACAAGACGACACGAGACGUGGCCCUCGAGCUCAAGAGAGAGCUCGAGCCCCACCUGAAGAAGGCGAAGGACCGGGUGUGCGCACUGGUCCAGGAGGUGAACAAUCUGAGGCAGCAGAUCAGGGACCUCAAGACCGAGCUGAAGCAAGUCAAAGACGAGCUCAAGGCAGCCAAGGACGCUCUUCUGGCGGCCAAUACGAGCACGUUGCAUCCUACCCUCCUGAUGAUUGAUGACGAUCCCGCCGAGUGGCAUAAGAAGGACGAGGACACCCAGCCCUAUUAA